UCGUGAAUGUACAGUCAUUUAAAGAUACACCAAUAUUUUCACUUAGUCGGCAAAACGGAACGGUUGUGUAUCGCGUACAUUCACCUGUACCGUAAAUAUGUGAAUAUAUUAAGAGAUAUAAAAAAGUAUUCGUGACUUGUGCGUGCAGUGAAUUUGAAAACAAGUUUCUCAGGUUUUAUUGACGUUGCCAAAUUGAGACAGCAAUCAAGAUGACCGUGCCUCCGGCAACACAAAUUGUAGAAGUUGUUGGUAGCAUUUCUAAUGAAAAAAUUAAAUCUACAAAAUUGAAAGUGAUUAUGAAAUGGUGGUAUAAAAAUUUUAAAAUAAUUGUAUCGGAAUUCGUAUCGACAUUUUUGUUACUUUUUUUGGGAUGCAUGACGUGUGUACCACUAGACGGACAAACUCACUCAUCGAUGUACAGCCCGAUUGGUUUUGGUCUGGUCGUCUUGUUUAAUAUUACUACGUUUGGACAUAUUUCUGGAGCGCAUAUGAAUCCAUCUGUAACAUUAUCUGCUAUAUUGUGGGGAUCAUUGUCUAUUCCUCUAGGAAUAAUGUACGUUAUUGCUCAGUGUGGAGGAGCCAUUGUCGGCUAUGGAUUAUUGGUCAGCGUGUCACCAAUAGAUUUACUGCAAGACAGCAUUUGUACGACCGUGCCACAUCCUAACCACGUGAUGUAUCAGGCGUUGAUUAUUGAAAUUGUUUUGUCUACAGCACUGGGAUUAAUUAAUUGCGCCGUUUGGGAUCCAGUUAACAAAGAAAAACAAGAUGCUAUCCCUUUGAAAUUUGGUUUCACAAUAGUCGCUUUAUCACUCGCCGGCGGUCCUUUGACUGGAGCAAGUAUGAAUCCAGCGAGAUCAUUAGGCCCAGCUCUUUGGACUGGCAACUGGAAUACACAUUGGGUUUAUUGGGUCGGUCCUAUCCUUGGCGGUGCAUUUGCACCAAUAUUCUAUAAGUUCAUGUGGCUGGAAGACAACAAAAAUGAAAGAAGAUCCCAAAUUUCAAAUGGUCCGUUAUGAUUUAUACCCCGUAAUAAAUAAGACAAAUGGUAAUAUAAUUUUAUUAAUAUAUCGUAUAAAACUUUUUUAUUUUUUAUGUUCAUAAUAAUUAAAUGAUACUAAUUAAUCAAAACAAGGUAAUUAAUGAUGAUGUCAAUUACUGUAAUAUUUAUGGUAAAGUUAAUCACACAAGCUUUGCAACUAAUUUCUGACAAAAUAAUAUUCAAAAUAAAGAAUUAGGUAUUUUAUUUAUAAUAUAUAAUUAAAAAAAAAACUUUUGCACUAAUAUAAUUGAUAUUACAGAAGUAUUAAUAUUAAAUAAGUUAUAGUCUAUGAAUGAUUUAUGUUUAAAACGCAACAUGACUACAGAUUAAACAUAAAUAAAUAAAUUAUACAGCUACCAUAAAAUAAAUAGCUUAAUGUCUUGUAAGAAUAAAAAAAAAUAUUUUUAAUAGUGUAUAAAGAAAUAUGACACGACAAUAAUAAGAUAAUGAUAUUUUCUUAUCGACUAAGGCUACCUAUUAGGUAGUACAUAUGUUGUUACUUCAGUAAGGCGCCAAUGUAAAGUCGUAUGGUACUCUUUACUUUGAUUAAAUAAUGAUUAAUAUAAAAUCAAAUACAAAUUUUUAUUGUAUCAGACAAAUAGCAUAAAAUCGGAAACUACUUGAUCUCAUCUAGAAAUAAAUAAAUAAUUAUUGCAUACUUUGAUGAAAUUUAAGGCAUAAUAUCUCGGUUUAUUUUCUUGAAAAGUUAAAUCGUUAAGUACGAGGGUCCAAACGAUGUAUAUUUUUUAUGUAAUAAAAUUUAAUAAUAUACUAGGUAUUUUUAAUUUUGUGUAUAAUUUGAUUCCUCAAUGUAAAUAGUUCUUAAGUUAAUAAAUAUAUAUUCAGAUAAAAAAAUGUAUAUAUUCCGAAAUAAACACAAUGCCUAUGAAGCC